AUGGCUCACUCCCCUGUCCAGCAGCCUGGCCUGCCGGGGAUGCAGAAUUUGAAGGCAGAUCCAGAAGAACUCUUUACAAAACUGGAGAAGAUUGGCAAAGGUUCGUUUGGUGAAGUUUUUAAAGGCAUUGACAAUCGAACACAGAAAGUUGUUGCUAUAAAAAUUAUUGAUCUUGAAGAAGCUGAAGAUGAAAUAGAAGAUAUACAGCAAGAAAUAACAGUUCUCAGUCAGUGUGACAGUCCAUAUGUCACCAAAUAUUAUGGAUCUUAUUUAAAGGACACAAAAUUAUGGAUAAUAAUGGAAUACCUUGGUGGUGGAUCUGCCCUUGACCUUUUAGAACCAGGUUCACUUGAUGAAAUCCAGAUUGCUACAAUAUUAAGAGAGAUUCUGAAAGGACUGGAUUAUUUGCAUUCAGAAAAGAAAAUUCAUAGAGAUAUUAAAGCUGCCAAUGUGCUCCUCUCAGAACAAGGGGAAGUCAAGCUAGCAGACUUUGGUGUAGCCGGACAGCUAACUGAUACACAAAUAAAGAGAAAUACAUUUGUGGGCACACCAUUUUGGAUGGCGCCAGAAGUAAUAAAGCAAUCAGCUUAUGAUUCAAAGGCAGAUAUAUGGUCCCUGGGCAUAACAGCCAUAGAGCUUGCGAAAGGAGAACCACCACAUUCCGAACUACAUCCAAUGAAAGUUUUAUUUCUGAUCCCAAAGAACAACCCACCAACUUUAGAAGGAAACUACAGUAAACCUUUAAAGGAGUUCGUUGAGGCCUGCUUGAACAAAGACCCCAGUUUUAGACCAACAGCCAAAGAACUCCUGAAGCACAAAUUUAUAAUACGAAAUGCAAAGAAAACUUCCUACUUGACAGAUCUCAUUGACAGACAUAAAAGAUGGAAGGCUGAGCAGAAUCAUGAUAAUUCCAGCUCUGAUGAUUCAGAUGGUGAAACAGAUGAGCAGGCAUCAGGUGGCAGUGAUUCGGGUGACUGGAUAUUCACAAUCCGAGAAAAAGAUCCUAAGAAUCUGGAAAACGGAGCGACCCAAUUCCAUGAGUGGGAAAGAAACAAGGAAAAUACCAUUCAAAGGCGCCCUGCAUCUCGAUGCUUAUCUACAAUUAUAUCGCCAUUAUUCACAGAGUUGAAAGAGAGAAGUCAAGCUUGUGGGGGGAACAUGGGCUCCAUAGAAGAACUGAGAGAGGCUAUUUAUUUAGCUGAAGAAGCUUGCCCAGGAAUUUCAGAUACCAUGGUGUCUGAACUAGUACAACGGCUUCAGAGGUAUUCAGUAUCUGGAGGGAGCAGUUCAUCCCAUUGAAGUCUGACUGUGUGACCACCUUUGCUACUUCACUGAGGCUCCUUAAGGCACCUGUUCUCAGGUUGGUCUUCCACAAUUGGCAGGCAAUCACAUGGACAUUCCUGAAGGUGCAUCAACAACAGAAGAAGGUGUUUUAGCAAGAGCACUGUUUUUCAACUCUGUAUAGGUUUUUUUUUUUAAAAAAAAAAUAAUGCACAUAUUCAAAGGAGGUAUCUUUAUACAUUUCUGAGAUGUAAAUUUAGGAUUUCAGUUAGGAACUAAAGCUAUUGUGAAAUCUCAGGUAUCUUGUGUUAAGUCAUUGGCCUUCAGCUCAAGGAUCCAUAGGUGGGUGGCAUUUCAACCUGAAAUGUGUGCACUAGUGGCACUGCCACCAUUUUGUUUUAAGGUUUUGUUUCAAGAAAGAAAUGGAAGUCUGGAAUUCAAUUCCAUGUUCCAUGUUUACAUUUAACAUGGAUUUGGGGUUUGAAAGAGUUGAAGGCAACCGCUUUAAGUAAAAAAAAUAUGUGAAUUGGAUGUAUUAUUGGCUCUGUGUACAAAUUUGUAUAUAAUCACUUUUUUACUGAAAUUUGCUUGACAUGCAUACGGAUUCCUCUGUACAAAUUGCCAAGUACUUCUGUAGAUGAUACUAGUGAGGUAAAUAUUUUGACAGAUAGAUCAACUUAUUAUAGGCUUGUCUUUGUUUCUAUGAAAAUUUUAAAUUGUAUUAUAGCAGGUUUUGCUUGACCUUUGUUUAUAGGUCAGAAAUAAAGCCGUGCUAUAAAAAUCUGGUUUAUACCUCAGAUGCAGAUUUUUUUUUGUUACACAGCAGCAUUUUUUUUUUUUCUAAUCAUGGUACGAAACUGAUCGUUUUAAUUUAGGACAUCAUAUUCUUUGGAGUUCUCUAGUUUCGCUUAUGUUCAUGGUUUUAUAUCUUGUUUAAAAUUGUGCCAAUCCAAAGUUUAAAUUUGUUUUUUAAUAGUUUUCUUUUGGAAUUAAUCUUAACAUAUAACUGAAAAAGGCACUUUUUUAUAUGCUUCCUAAAAAUCCUGGAUAAAUAAUGGCAGUUUUGCAAAAUGCUGGUUAUAAAAAGAAUUUUAAAAAUGUGAGCAACUUUAGUUACAAUCAUUGAAAUCAGAAUUUGGUCCUAGUUUAGUAUCUGAAAUUCAUUGUGUGGUAGAGGAAGAUAUAUGAAAUGUCAUUAAGAUCUAAAAUAAAAAAAACUGCAGUUUCACUUUAACAGGUAAGAACUAGUACAGUUUAAUUCUUGUUUAUUAUUAAAAUAAAUACAUGAUAGAAAUCCCAUCUGAAUUUUUAUUUUGAGGUAUUUGGAGAAAAGUGGAAUAAAAAUGUAGUUAAAAGGGUGUGGUUAGUCAAGAAUUUUAGAAGGGGCUUGCUCUUUGUUGAUUUACAAUAAAAUGUUUUCAAUAUUUUUACACUGUUUUGAUUUCAACAUGAAAUCUGUAUUGUAAUCUUAAAAAAAUAAACAUAGUAACUCUAAAAGACAACUUGCUAUAGACGAUUUCACCCUAUGACCAAGGCUUGGGUGAAAAUUUCCUUUCUACUCUGUUUUGAGAAAAAACAUAAUAAUGGAUUAAGGGAUAGGCACAUUGUGUCAAUGGAAAUGAACUCACUGCAUGUUUAGAACCUGUAAUAUCCUCAUCAAUGUAAAGAUUGAACUAUUUACUAAAUUUUACUGCCUUAUAUUUGAGUCAGCCAUGCUGCCAUCCCAUUAGAGUGGGUGUGAUGUUAACUGAAUGGAUUUUGUGUUAGUCUCUACCCCAGUGUUUACAGUCUGUGAAAUGUAGCAUGAUGUAAGCUACAUGUUGAAUUAGGACAAGAUAGGUGAGAGAUCUCUUUUGAGUUUUCAGCUAAGCUUAUAUGCAGUCCUAGAUCUGGUAACCUUUUAAGACUUUUGAUUGCAAGAAUGUUGACUGAAAGAUUUUGUAAAUGGAAACCAAAAAACCUCAAUGACUUGCUCUUUAAAAUUAGUAAAUUAAUAUUUUGUUAGAGCUAUGUUCUUUUACAAAUAUGGUUUUUUCCAACAAACACAGUUUAUUUUAAACCAGUUAAAAGAUUACUAUUUUGCCAGUUUGCUGUUUGAGCCAGUGCAGUUUAUUUAAAUAUCAGUUUGACUUAAUCCCAAUAAAUUGUAAAUAUGCAUAGAAUUUUAAAAUGACAUCUUGUUUGAUAUAAAUGAAACAACUUGGUGAAAGCAAAUUGUCUUUGCAUUAUAUUGUAAUGAAAUUUAAAUUCUAAAACAC